AUGGUGGAAAGUAAUCUAGUUUUCUUCUUCCAGGAGGGCCUCUUCUAUCAGGUCCGUGUGAUUGAAUUGCGACACAAUCGACACCCACACCAUGUCCUUUACAAGGAUCAACUAGGCUCUCUUCUGGCUGUUCCUGAAAUCCCGGAUAUUGGUCACUUCCCCCUGCCCCGUAGGGGCAUGGUCAUGGUUAGCGCAGAACCUACCACUGGCUGUAGCGUCGAGUAUCCCUCAAUCGGUGUCUGCUGGUCGUUCUGCAUAUCACACCUUACCUGGUUGGCUCCUAACACUGGCGGUGCAUGCCUCCAGCACAAUUCCACAGUCGGAAUCCAUGCUGGCAACGUCCUGCAGUAUGCCCGCGUACUUGAAUCUACCCUUUCCUGUGACCUACUAACUCACACCAUUGGCGGCCUUGGAGUCAAUUCAGAUUCUGUGCUUCUACGGCUGGAUUCAUCACACAAAGUGGUGGUUACUUUCAUUCGACAACCUGAGUUUCUAGAAUUGGGUCGUCAAGUGGUCAUUUCAGUCAACAAUGUAGCCAGAGCCGUAGGCACGGUAACUGCUUUCGAGCACCUCACCACUGCUUUCUCCAACCCUCCGUUAGCAGUCCCCGACUCCAUUUUUUCUAUCACCUCUGCCACAGCUGCAUCUUCAUCGCCAUGGCACACCGUUUUAAAUUCCCCGUCUGACUCUUCCUUUGAAUCCCUUCUCAGUCAAGUCGGCAUCGACCCCCAGGGCUCUCAUACCAACUUUGUCAGUGAGGCUCCAAUUCCUCCAGAGCUUGAAGCCUCGGAGAACCUCUCUAGCAUCAUUCAGCACAAUAGGCGACGCCAACGCAACGCCAAACGCAGACGGAAGGCAGCAGCACGUCUUGCACUGAUGGCGGCACCUAUAUCGGAAGUGGCUUCAUCUACAAGCACUUGGAAUAGCAACUCUAACGGAUCUAUGCCUCUCAUGAUGGGGUGUGGCGAAAGGGAAAUGAAAUGUGAAGACGUCAAUGUGGAAAAUUCCCAAUCACUGAUGCAUUCCGCCACCAUCACCAAUGCUCCUACGUAUAGCUUAACUUCUCAGCGCCGCCGAAAGCGAAAACGCAGACACAAACGCUAG